CCAGCUUCGAUUUUUUGGUGUCCGGUCGUUCUCAUUGCUUGCAUUAUUGAACGUCCUGACAUCGCUAUCGCCUUCAUAGUUCUAAUCUUAUGAUCGUCUUUCGUUCAACUGCCGCACUGAUUUCUCAUCUCACGAUCGCUCGGACUGCACUCUAACGCCGCGAAUCUCGGAAACCACUCGGUUUUAGUAUCUGCUCGAUAUCCUCGAAUCGCCAGCGAUCUCUGUGUUACCUGCUUUGACCAUAUCUGCUUCGUAUGCAGGAGAUGUCUACCUUUUUUUGUCGCUGAUUCAACCCUUACUCGAUCAAAGUCUUCGGCACAAAGCUUGCUCGUUCAGAUCGGUCAGGGACACCUUUGCUGCGGUAGCGCGGCCUGUAUACCCCAUUCCCACACGAUCUCCUCAGAUUGAGGUUUCGGGGCCAUGGUUGGGACUUUGCCAGCGGGGCACACCCCGUCGCAUGUGCAAUCGUCACUCCCCUCAUUACCAGCCCAUCUACAAUCCGAUACCCAUCUUACCGCACAUUUAGCCAGUCGCUUCCAUGUCGGCCUACCCACCGCGCGGCUUUCCUCCCACGCACUAAUCAGCUUAAACAACUACACCUCAUCUUCGAAAGGUCCUGAUGGCGGGAAAGAAGGUAGUGCUAUGGGCGAGACCGAGGACCUCGCUCGGAGGGCUUAUACUCGGCUCGGUGCUCGAGGAGAGAACCAAGCGAUUGUUUUCCUAGGCGAGAGUGGCGCCGGUAAAACGACUCUUCGGUCUCACCUUCUCUCAUCAUUCCUCUCCUUUUCGUCCACUCCGCUGUCAUCAAAACUGUCCUAUGCCGCUUUCAUUUUCGACACCCUCACCACAACCAAGUCAUUGACGACACCUACCGCGUCAAAAGCUGGAUUGUUCCUGGAACUGCAAUAUGAUGCGUCCUCCUCCGUUAACCCGACUCUAAUAGGUGGAAAGAUCAUCGACCACAGACUUGAGCGUAGUCGGAUUGCUUCGGUUCCCACGGGCGAACGUAGCUUCCAUGUUCUAUAUUAUCUGCUUGCAGGAACAAGCGCCGCGGAGAAGGCACAUUUGGGCUUGGACAGCCCUAUUCAUGUUACAACUGCAGGUGGUAGGCUUUCGUCUGCUGAUCACAAGAGAUGGAGGUACUUGGGCCACCCGACUCAGCUGAAAGUCGGGAUCAACGAUGCGGAUGGUUUCCAGCACUUCAAGACCGCUUUGAGGAAGUUGGAAUUCCCUCGGAGUGAAAUCGCUGAGAUCUGUCAAAUCUUGGCUGCUAUCCUCCACAUCGGCCAGCUUGACUUUGGCAGCGGCCAGGCUACGCUCACUGGGGCAGAGGAGUCUGGUGGAUAUUCUCAUGAAGGUGGCGAGACCGUUACUGUUGUCAAGAACAAAGAUGUCCUCUCCAUCAUCGCCGCGUUCCUCGGUCUUGGAGUCGGGGAGUUGGAGGCCAGCUUCGGUUACCGGACCAAGACCAUCCAUCGGGAGCGUGUUACUGUCAUGCUUGAUCCCAAGGGAGCGCGACGAAGUGCAGAUGAGCUCUCGCGCGUUCUGUACUCUCUGUUGGUUGCCUACGUUAUCGAGAAUGUGAACCAGAGAAUAUGUGCUGCUGAGGACAGUGUCGCCAACACAGUGUCGAUUAUUGAUUUCCCCGGAUUUGCUCAAGCCUGUUCUACUGGUUCUACCCUUGACCAGCUUCUGAACAACGCCGCCUGUGAAUCGUUGUACAACUUCUGCCUGCGGUCAUUCUUUGACCGGAAAGCGGACAUGUUAGAACGCGAAGAAGUUGCCGUGCCCGCAACGAGCUAUUUCGAUAACACUGAUGCUGUUCGUGGGCUGCUGAAACAAGGUAACGGACUGCUCAGCAUCCUAGACGACCAAACAAGACGCGGGCGGACGGACGCUCAAUUUGUGGAAGCCGUGCGGAGAAGAUUCGAAAAUAAGAACCCUGCUAUCACUGCUGGGGCGUCAGGCUCUGGGAAUGGAUACGGUAUGGUUUCACAGAAUGCUCGCUCAUCAUUCACCGUGAAACACUUUGCCGGAGAGGUCGACUACUCUGCUACAGGACUACUAGAGGAGAAUGGCGAAGUUAUCUCUGGUGAUUUGAUGAACCUCAUGAAGUCUACCCGAAGCGAUUUCGUUAGGGAGCUCUUUGGUCAAGAAGCCUUGCAGACCGUGGCCCAUCCCAAAGAGAAGACUGCGAUCAUGCAAGCUCAAGUCAGCUCCAAGCCGCUACGAAUGCCUAGCAUGGCUAGGCGCAAGACCAGUCCGGCUUCACGGCUCACGUUUGACGCUACACCAGCCGAGGAUCCGUAUGAGACCGAAAGCCAAACGGGCAGUUCAGCCAAGAAUUCUUCGGCCAAGAGGAAAAGCGGCAUGCUCAUGGGUGGCAUGCAGUGCGCAGCCGGGCAGUUCCUAUCAUCUCUUGACAUUGUGAACAAGUGCUUGACCUCCGGCAAUCUGAAUCCCUACUUCGUCUUUUGCUUGAAACCAAACGACCGGCGCAUCGCCAACCAAUUUGACAGCAAGUGCGUGAGGACCCAAAUACAAACACUGGGCAUUGCGGAAAUCAGUCAGCGGCUCCGAAACGCCGAUUUCAGCGUCUUUUUACCAUUUGCCGAGUUCCUUGGUCUUGCGGAGGUGGGCAACGUGGUGGUUGGCAGCGACAAAGAGAAGUCAGAAGUAGUCUUGGAUGAGAAGCGCUGGCCCGGCAACGAAGCUCGGGUCGGCAGUACAGGAGUGUUCCUCAGCGAACGGUGCUGGGCGGACCUCGCCAAAGUGGGUGAGCGUGUCAUUCCCUCCUUUGCCGCCGAGGACGAUGGCGGCGAUGCACUCCUCCAUCCUCGGACUGCCAACUACGCAGAUUCCAAGGUUCGACUCCUCAAUCCUUCCGACCAUUCACCCGGCGCAUACAUCUACGGCGAUGAAUCGAAGCAAGCAUCCAAUACUAGUCGGGAUUUUGACGGACGCUCUGACGCCGGUUACUCGGCGUUUAAUUCGGGCGAUAUGUUUCACAACUUGGAGACCAGGGAACAGAUGCUGGAAAAGGGUAAUGAAAAACAGAUGGAAGAGGUCGACGAAGUGCCAGUAUCCGGCAGUCGAAAGCGCUGGAUGGCCAUCGUUUGGCUGCUCACAUUCUACAUCCCAACCCCUGCCAUUCGAUACAUCGGUCGGAUGAAGCGCAAAGACAUCCAAAUUGCAUGGCGUGAAAAGUUCGCAAUCAAUUUGCUUAUCUGGUUGGCCUGUGCUAUUGCCGUAUUCAUCAUUGUGGGAUUUCCCUCGCUCAUUUGUCCGACACAACACGUCUAUUCCCCUGCAGAAUUGUCGUCACACGAUGGCAAAGAUGGCCACAGCUCCUACACUUCGAUCCGCGGGCUUGUCUUGGAUCUUGGAGAGUUUAUGGACUCUCAUUAUCCAGGAAUCGUGCCAGACUCAGCAUUGAAGAAAUACGCUGGUGUUGAUUCCACCGCCCUUUUCCCCGUUCAAGUUUCAGCGCUGUGUCUUGGUAAGGACGGCAAUGUGGACCCAAAGGUAUUGCUCGACUACAAGCCGACGAACUUUUCUGGCUCCGUUACCUCAACCAGUUCCGGUGACCCCAACUCGGUGUACCACGAUUUCAGAUACUUCCGCGAUGACUAUCGCCCGGACUGGUAUGCCGAGCAGAUGAUCUACCUCAGGGCGAACUACUAUAAGGGCUGGAUCGGAUAUAGUUCGGAAUACCUGCACACCCUGGCCAGCAAAUCUCAAAACGUUGCAAGCAUUAACGGGAAAAUAUACGACUUGACAAGCUAUAUUGCUGGAGGUCGCCGAAUCCAAGGACGGGAGGGUGACGACACAACUGGCAUUGAUACUGACUUUAUGGAUAGCUUGGUGGUUGAUCUUUUCCAGCAGAAGGCUGGCGAGGAUAUCACGAAGUAUUGGGAAGAUCUGCCGCUUACCCCUAAAUUGCGUGUGGACAUGAUGGAUUGUCUGAACAAUCUGUUCAUUGUCGGCCAUGUGGACACUCGAAAUUCGACGCAGUGCCAGUUUGCGCGAUACUUCAUCCUUGCAAUCUCCGUCCUCAUCUGUUCGGUCAUCGUCUUCAAGUUCUUUGCAGCACUGCAAUUUGGAAAGAAGAAUGUACCUGAGAAUCUUGACAAAUUCAUCAUCUGUCAGGUUCCAGCCUAUACUGAGGAUGAAGAGUCUCUGCGCCGUGCCAUCGACUCGAUGGCCCGCAUGCAGUACGACGAUAAACGCAAGCUUCUCGUUGUCAUUUGCGACGGCAUGAUCAUUGGUCAAGGCAACGAUCGCCCUACACCUCGGAUUGUUCUUGAUAUCUUGGGUGUUCCCGAGUCAGUUGAUCCGGAGCCGCUCAGUUUUGAGAGUUUGGGUGAAGGUAUGAAACAGCACAACAUGGGUAAGGUCUAUUCCGGUUUGUAUGAGGUGCAGGGUCAUAUUGUUCCCUUCCUCGUUGUCGUUAAGGUCGGAAAGCCGUCGGAAGUCUCUCGACCUGGUAACCGCGGUAAGCGUGAUUCACAGAUGGUCCUAAUGCGAUUUUUGAACCGCGUCCACUAUAAUCUUCCUAUGAGUCCCAUGGAGCUUGAGAUGCACCACCAUAUUCGAAACAUUAUUGGAGUUAACCCAACCUUCUAUGAGUUCAUACUUCAAGUCGACGCCGAUACUGUUGUUGCGCCGGAUGCUGCAACCCGGAUGGUCUCUUCUUGUCUCAAUGAUACCCGGAUUAUUGGUGUCUGUGGAGAGACAUCGCUAACUAACGCCAAAACUUCUGCUGUCACUAUGAUUCAAGUGUACGAGUACUAUAUCUCCCACAACCUUACGAAAGCGUUUGAGAGUCUUUUCGGUUCAAUUACUUGUCUGCCUGGUUGUUUCACUAUGUACCGUAUCCGGUCCGCCGAGAGUGGAAAGCCGCUUUUCGUGAGCAAGGAAAUCGUGGAGGCGUACUCGGAGAUCCGUGUUGACACACUGCAUAUGAAGAAUUUGUUGCAUUUGGGAGAGGAUCGUUAUCUGACGACAUUGCUGCUGAAACAUCAUCCUAAGUUCAAGACCAAGUACAACUUCCGAGCGCAGGCCUAUACUAUUGCCCCAGAAAGCUGGACUGUGUUCCUUUCUCAACGUCGUCGCUGGAUCAACUCUACUGUGCACAACUUGGUGGAAUUGAUCCCUCUUCAGCAACUGUGCGGUUUUUGCUGCUUCAGUAUGAGAUUUGUGGUCUUCAUCGAUCUCAUCAGUACCAUAAUCAUGCCUGUCACUGUUGCAUACAUUGUGUACCUGAUUGUCUGGUUGGUGCGAGACACAUCAACUAUCCCCUGGACUUCAUUCCUCCUCCUUGCUGCGAUUUACGGGUUACAAGCAAUUAUCUUUAUUGUCCGCCGGAAAUGGGAAAUGAUUGGAUGGAUGAUAAUCUACAUCCUUGCUAUUCCCGUGUACUCCCUGGCUCUGCCUCUCUACUCAUUCUGGCACAUGGACGACUUCUCCUGGGGUAACACGCGUAUCAUUACUGGAGAAAAGGGCCGCAAGAUCGUCAUCUCCGACGAAGGAAAAUUCGACCCCGCGUCCAUCCCGAAGAAGAGGUGGGAGGAGUACCAGGCCGAGCUAUGGGAGGCCCAGACCUCGCGAGACGACCGGUCAGAGAUCUCUGGUAUCUCAUACGGCACCAAGUACCACCCCGCCACCCAAUCCGAAUACGGAUUCCCCGGGUCACGGCCUAUGUCACAGCUUGAGCUGCCUCGGCAUAUGUCUCGGAUGUCUCUCGCCCCGUCAGAGAUGAUGAGCCGCCACAUGGACAUGGAGCUGGAAGACGUCAACCUACCGAGCGACGACGCGAUCCUAUCAGAGAUCCGUGACAUUCUACGCACGGCCGACCUCAUGACCGUUACGAAGAAGAAUAUCAAGCAGGAGCUGGAGAGGCGGUUUGGCGUUAACCUAGACGCGAAGCGGCCGUAUAUCAAUUCUGCCACGGAAGCCGUGUUAUCGGGCAACCUGUGA